GCUGUCAAUGUUGUUGUGGAGUGAGGCGUCUGCAGGGAGGAGUUCCACUUCGGUAAAAUUACUCCCAGUAGCCAAUUAAACAUAACUACUUCACAAAAUCAUGCAGAACGUGAUUAACACAGUGAAGGGCAAGGCGCUGGGGGUCGCAGAAUAUCUUACACCGAUACUUAAGGAAUCCAGGUUCAAGGAGACUGGAGUACUAACACCUGAAGAAUUUGUUGCUGCUGGUGAUCAUCUUGUACAUCACUGUCCCACUUGGCGUUGGGCAGCUGGUGAUGGCAGCAAGACCAAGCCGUAUCUUCCACAAGAGAAGCAAUUUCUUAUUACCAAGAAUGUACCAUGCUACAAGCGAUGUAAGCAGAUGGAAUACCGGAGUGAACAAGAGUUGGUGCUAGAAUCUGAAGGUGACCCAGACGGAGGCUGGGUAGACACACAUCACUUCAGUGACUCAGCCAUACUGGAGGAAAAAGUGGCAGACAUGGCUUUAGAGGAUAAG